AUGACGGAGUGGACUCUGCUGAAGAGACUUCUGGAUGCCGUGCAUCAACACUCCACCAUGAUCGGGAGGCUCUGGCUCACCGUCAUGGUGGUCUUCCGGCUGCUGGUGGUGGCCGUGGCCGCAGAGGACGUGUACGCGGACGAGCGGGAGAUGUUCGUGUGCAAUACGGCACAACCGGGCUGCCCGAACGUCUGCUACGACGGCUUCGCGCCUAUCUCGCAGCCCCGCUUCUGGGUCUUCCAAAUCGUCACGGUGUCCACGCCCUCGCUGUGCUUCGUCAUCUACACCUGGCACAGCCUGUCCAAGCGACCGGCGGGGGAGCGAGCGGAGGCGGCGAAGGAGACGCACGGCAGGAUGUGCGACUCGGACAGCUGCUCUGUCAGAUCGCACAGGCACCUGGGUCACAGUCUGGUGGAUGUGCUAGACGGUACAGCUGCACGAGGCGGCCGGCAAAGCCCAACAGCCCUGUCCAACUACGCAGUACCUCAGGACGGCACGGGCCAGUCCCGAGUCCUGUCCAAAUGCUACGUCAUCCACGUAUGCUUCCGGGCAACCCUGGAGCUGAGCUUCGUCUUGGCCCAGUGGCUCCUGUUUGGGUUCCAGGUUCCUCCCCACUAUCUCUGCUCGGUGUCACCCUGCUCCCAGCAGGUGGACUGCUAUGUCUCGCGGCCUACAGAGAAAACCAUAUUCCUGCUCUUCAUGUUCUGCGUCAGCGUGUUCUGCGUCGUCUUGAACUUCCUGGAGCUCAACCACCUGGGCUGGAAAAGGCUGAAGACGUCACCUCGCAUCCCAGACACCUGGAAAGGCUACGAAUCUAUAGCCCAGGACAGCCACUCUACAGCAUCCCUCACUUACAGGGAGCUCUCCAGCACUGGAUCUUUGCCCACGCUGGACCUUGCGGGGAAACACCGGCCAGCUUGGACCUUCACUGGAGACUGCUCCCCCCUAAAAGGAGAGACCGAUGCCAAACCUCCAAGCCAAGAUGAUCACAAAGGAGCAAACUGUCUGAAGAGCAAGGCCAGCAAAGGCAGGAGCGCCAAGCUUCGGGGAACCGAGGUCUGGAUUUAA